AUGGAUUAUGAUGAGCUCAUGGAGUUCAACGGCAGAGGAGAUUUUUUGAAGUGUUUAACGGAGGUGAUCAACACCACCACACAUGCAUUGGACAGGUUGGGUGUCGAUGCGGCCAUCAUCGAUGGUACUUUGAUAGGUUGGCAGCGACAUGAUAAGAAUCAUAUACCCUGGGAUGUCGAUGGCGAUCUCCUCAUCAUGCAGAGUCAUUGUCGGAAGGCCUUCUCUACCCACGCCACCACCCAUCAUAAGAACAUGGCAUCCCUUCUACAGGAGUAUCUACUCGACGACUCCCGCUAUCGUGUGGCUGGUAUCGUAUUCGGUGUCGGAUCCGAAUUGGACCCUAAUGAGUGGGAAGGCUGUGAGGUAUCGGAACUCCGCGUUAUCCACUACUCUGACAGUAGCACUUGUCAUGUGGACAUCUUUCAGCUAGUUCAGUCCUCCGACCCCGAUCAUCCUUGUGAGGAUUGUCCUGGUUUCAACUCGAGUAAAAUCGUUACUUGCCGUCAUCAGCAACAUAAUGCUUGUGGAUUGUAUGAAAACUACUUCCCAACUAGAUGGGACCAUAUGGACGCCGAUGGAGAUGUUAAGGUGCCGAAUAAUGUUUCGGAAGCCCUUAAAUCUGAGUACGGAACAUCCCCUUUAAGCCUUCUCAACCUCCAGAAGAUUCCUGGUAACUACGAAUUCCAUAGCACAAUGCUUGUGGUCGGCCGAGCAGCGAUCUCAAUAGAACAAAUCACCACUCGGAAACCUGUUGAUAAAUUCCUUUCCGGUGCCGAGUUGGCUGGUCUCACUCGCGUUUCGGAGAGCGCGGUAUUAGACUCUCACAAUAGUCGCAUCUUUGCUGUUACUAUUGAGGCUGAGAGGUUCAUUCGAGUCUUUCCCGAAAAGGAGGUUGACCAUGCGCCAUCGGAGAAUCUAUUCCUCUGCCCGAUGAAUGUAACAGAUGGUGUGAACUUAACGUCCUGGCCGUCAGAGGAGGUUAUUAUCAACAGUACACUUUGUAUGGAUUAUGAUGAGCUCAUGGAGUUCAAGGGCAGAGGAGAUUUUUUGAAGUGUCUAACGGAGGUGAUCAACGUCACCACACAUGCAUUGGACAGGUUGGGUGUCGAUGCGACCAUCAUCGAUGGUACCCUAUUAGGUUGGCAACGACACGAUAAGAAUCAUAUACCCUGGGAUGUCGAUGGCGAUCUCCUCAUCAUGCAGAGUCAUUGUCGGAAGGCCUUCUCGACCCACGCCACCAUCCAUCAUAAGAACAUGGCAUCCCUUCUACAGGAGUAUUUACCCGAUGAUUCCCGCUAUCGUGUGGUCGCCGUCAAAUACGGGAUUGGCUCUGAAUUGAGCCCUGACGAGUGGGAGGGUUGCAACACUAGCGAGAUACGUGUCACGCACAACUACCACGGCGUCUCCUGCCAUGCCGACGUCUUCCAAAUGCUUCAAUCGAGCGAUCCCGGCUCGCCCUGUGGUCGCUGCCCUCUUCCUGUCAACGCAUCACCAUCGUCCACCAUCACCGUAUGUCGGUCUUCCCCCGGUGACCAGUGUGGCCUUCUGGAUGACCUACUACCGACUCGAUGGGAUCAUAUGAACGGCGUAAAUGUUCGAGUACCCGCCAACCCAGAGGCCGCCCUCAAGUCGCACUUUGGCCCCACUAGUUUACGUCUGAUUAACAUGAAAGAGAUCCCCCGCAAUUACAAGUACGGCUCCUAUCGUUUGGUAGUUGGUCAAACACUUCAUGACGAAAUAGCUCAUAAGCAUUCACCCAACUUCGAUGCUCAACACGCGAAGCCCCUCGAAAACUCGAGCCUCACGAAGGAGGAUAUCAGUUCGAAGGUGUUUGCAGAGACUACCGCUGCUAACCCAGUGAUAAUAAUUUCGUUCCACAAGCAUUCCGUCAUCUACUUCAACUCCGUCAUCUUCCUACCGCCAAGUUCGCAGCCCUCCGAAUAG